AUGCACAGCGCGUCGCCGCAACACAUGCAGCAGCAGCGCGGUCUGAAGCACAGCACGUCCCGCACGUCGCUCGACAGCGCGGACGACGACCGGCCGCCCGGCGCGAACGGCGUGGGCGGCGCGGAAAUGGUGACGGUGAAGCUGGCCAAGUCCGACUGGCUAGAGAUAGUUAACGCGCUCGAGUCGGCUUCCAGCAGGUGCGAGAACUGCGGGGAGACUUCACCGUCCGCGCCCCCCGCCGUCUCGCUGCCCGCCACGCAGCGCCUCUUCGCGCAGCUCAAGGCGCGCAGCAACGGCCCGCCCGGCGGCGGCGCGAACGAAGACGUGCUCGGGCCGCUCUCGGCGCUGCGCUCGCAGUCGUCGCGCGAGGGUAUCGGCAUCGGCGGCGGCGUGGGCGGCGCGGCCGCCAGCUCGACCGGCUCGCCGUACGGACUGACGUCCAGCGACAGCGCGUCGACGUCGUCCCGGCGGCGCUCGCUGAACCUUCCGCGCGCGCGCGAGCUCGACGCGGAUCUGCCGUCCAGCGGCCCGCUCGGCCACAUCCAGCCGCGCGACGUGUUCGGCGCCGCCGGAAAUCACGGCGCGGGUUGCGGGCUGAACUGCCACGCGGACGCGCACGGCAUGCACGGAGCGCACUCGGAGCUCGGACCCAUGGCGUGCCCGCACCUCGCGGCGAUGGGCAGCAACGCGGGGGCCUUCGGGGGGUCGUCGUUCGGGGCGCGAAGCAUCCAGCAAGCUUCCGCCAUGGCUCCCACCGCUUACAGCUGCGUCGAGUCGAUGAUCGGCGGCGGCGGCGGGGGCGGCGGCAUGGGCGGCGGGUUCGGCGGAGGCGUAGGGAUGGAUAGAUUCGGCGGAGUUUCCGCUUCCGCCAUGGUGGCGGCGGCGGGAGUGAGCGCGGGCGGAAGCAGCGGGUUUUCAAACGCGGGGUUCUCGAUGGGGGGAUUCUCGAACGCGGGGUUUUCGAAUGCGGGGAUGUCGGGCGUGGGGCGCAUGGGCGUGAGCCCGUCGGAGAUCCUCAACCGCAAACUGCUGACCAUCAUCACCAAGGCGCACGACCUCUUCUCCAAAGACCAGUCGCCUAACGGCAGCAAGGUGGGCGACUACCUGCUGGCGCAGCUGCUGGAUCUCACCAAGUCCAAGUUCGGAUUCGUCGCCAGCGCGCUCAAGAAACCCGAGGGGACCUACUACCUCAAGACGCACGGCAUAACCAAUUUUGCAUGGACGCGCGAGCUGCGGCUGUGGUACGCGGAGAACGCCCCGUCCGGGCUGGUGUUCUCCAACAUGGACACGCUGUUCGGCCGCGUCGUCACCACAGCCGACGUCGUCAUUUCCAACGACGUCCCCAACGAUCCAAGGGCAGUGGGCGUGCCGCCCGGCCACCAGCGUGUGUCCACCUUUCUGGGGGUGCCUCUCUUCGCGGGUGCGGAGCUGGUGGGCAUGUUUGCGGUGGCGAAUCGCAAGGAGGGGUACGAGGAGACGCUGCUCAUGGAGAUCCAGCCCAUGACCAAAACUGUCGCGCAGAUCGUCGGUGCGCUGCAGGAGAGACGGCGCGAGCGCGAGGAGCAGGAGCGGCUGAGAGCGAUGCUGAAGGGCACGGGGGAUGCGAUCCUGGGCGUGGAUGACAUGGGCGGGAUCAGCGCGCUGAACCGCGCCGCCAGGCUGCUGUUUGGCUUCACCGACACCGAGGGGCUGGGCGACAGCAGUGGCCGGGCGUUUGGGCAGGCCGAGGUGCUGCCGGAGAAUCUGCACGUCGCGGAUCUGUUCAUUAGUGUGGACGGCCGAGAUGACUUCGCCGACCAGGGUCUGGAGGUGUUUGUGUGUGACGGCCUCAGGAUGCCCGCCAUUGGUCGGCGCAUUCUGGGCGGCACACUGCUGCUGGAGAUGAUGUUGUCACGCGGCAGCAACCCCGACGUGGCGUAUGUCAUCACGGCACGGGAGCUCAAGAACAGUGGUCUGGGCGGCACGCCUACGAUUGGCUCGGGCAGCAACAGCCUUGCGAGAACGGGCAGCAAGGGAGGGCCCACGUUCUUUGAGCCUGCGAAUAUGCCCGGAGGAGAUGAGUGA